AUGAUGGCGAGACAUAAGCAGUUGGUCUCUAAACGCAACCGGUUCUAUGAACCGGAGACUAGCAGCAGCUCCGAUGACCAAGAUGCUGCCCCGCCCAUCACCAGAUCCAGGUCGUCGAACAAGGCCGACAAUAGGGCUCAGAAGUUUGCGAAUCAUGUGGUGGAAAAGGCGCGAGAGGUGGUGCCGGACGACUUGGUGGCCACGAUCGCCCGGAAUUAUGCGAAAUCAUCGUACAGCAACAUGAAGCUCAUGAAUCACCGCGGUGUCGGAUGUGAAGUGGAUAAGGACGACCUCAUGUCCAUAGAGGACGAUCAGUGGAUUACUGAUGGUGUGAUCGACUUCCACAACGUGUCCAUCGGUGCUCACCAAGUCAUCGAAGUCAACGGGCAAGGAGCGCAUGACGUUGGUCUUGCUGGACAGUUCCAUCAAGAAUCGGAAUACCCGCAAGAUGUUGCAGGAACCAAGCUCGUGCUGUCCGAACUCGCCAAGGCGAGUAACCCAAACGCGAACAUGGAGUUUGUGGACAAGAUGCUGACGGAGGCGGACUGCAUCAUUCUACGGGAGGAUAAGCUGCCACAGCAGCCUAACAAGGAGGACUGUGGGAUUUUUGUUUGUCAGUACCUCAAGACCCUGGUGAAUACCGACUUCACCACGGUUUUGUACGGCCUCUGGUUCCAGGGUGUGACACCGCACCAAUACAGGCGGGAGAUGCGGCGCGACUUGUGUGCACACGCGUGCGGAGAUCUUAUUAAACAGCUGGCGGACCUGGGGAUUGAAAUCCCCCCGCAGGACGAAGGCCGGGUUACCGAUGAGGGGGCAGUGGUGCAGGAGAGGAACGCUGCUAUGGGAGAGGGGAGGCAAGCUCCGGUCACUCGCCCUGUGGAGGACGCACGGGUUACGGAGAUGAUGAGGCGACUGGCGACGUUGAAUAAUGAUGUGAGGUACCUGGACGCUAGCUUCACCGUACUCGCCAACUUUGUAGGGCUGAGGCGGGACGAGGUGGUGACAGCUGCAACCCAACUACUGCUGCAUGGGGGUCACGCGGGGACCGGCGCGAAAGCAGAGGCGGGUGGCACCAAGAAUGCUCCACGCACUCCACAGCGUCCGUCUGCACAUAAGGGGCGGGAUGACAGCAGUCCUGAGGAGGAUGGCGUGCGCAAUGCCACCCGGGUUGUGCUGGCCUCCACGUUCGCUGCAUGUGAGCCGACAUCGACCUUGCUGCAGAACCCGCACCUUGCGCACGGGACCAUACCUCACUGGAUGUUCACGCGCGGGAUGCACCAGUUUGGGGCGGGUGUGCCAGCUGGAGCUGGCGUGUGGGGAGACACGCGAGGGAAGGAGACGGUGAAGGCCGAAGAGGAGGAGGAUCUCGUGUCAGACAUAGACGAUGAGGAGGAUGAUGACAAAGCGUGUGCCUCCAGAUACACGGGUGUGAAGUUGGAUAAAGCGUCCGGCAAGUACGGCAUGAAGAUCCUGAUUAAGGAAGGUGGAAAGCGUAAGCAGCAGCGGCUGGGAGCGUACACCACGGAGGAAGAGGGGGCGUUCGCGUACGCCGCAGGUGCGUUCGUGCUGAGGCCACGUGACAAGAUACCCAACACGGUCAGCCUAUCAGCCGCAGAGAAGGCGAUGCUGCGUGGUUGCACCAAAGAAGAUUUGCAGAUCCUGGUGGAAGCGCGGAAGUGGUGGAGGUGGAGGAGCUGGCGGGAGGUGCUGGAUAGCGUGAGCAGCAAGCUGAAACGUGGCAGGAAGCGUGGGGGUGCCACAGGUACAUCAAAGAGGCACAGGAUGGUGGAUAGCAACACCAUGGCUACCAACGAACCAGAGGUCCCCGACAAUGCGGAGAGUGGGGGGACGGCCCCUGUGAGCGAGCAGGGCGGGGGUGCAAAGAACAAUGAGCAGGAAGAGCGAGGGGAAGACACUGGUGCACAUGAGAAUACGUCAGGCCCUGCUGCAUAG